AUGUACGCGGUGGGCGGAGAUGCGCGCGCGCAGGUAUCGCUGGACGGGCUCUUCCCCGCGACCGUGUCCAUGCACCACGACGUCGGUGACCUCUUUGGGGACCUGAGCGCGGACCGCGGGCAGCACCAGCAGCAGCCUCUCUACAUGCCCUCCUCGUCCGCCUCGCGCGCUGGAGCGUCCGUGUCUCCCUCAACCUUCUCCUCCUCUUUGUCCGCUUCAGCCUCCCCGUCCCCUUCACUCUCCUCCUCCUCCGCCCCCUCGAAUCCCCCCUCCUCGUGGUCCGCGUCAGUGGGGACAGCCAUGCGCGCAGCAGCGGGGUGCGGGGGAGGGGGAGGAGUAGGGGGAGGUGGGGGAGGGCGAGGCGGAGGGGGAGGCUUCGGAGGUGGUUACGUUGGGGGGGAUGGGGGGCAAGCAGCAGGCUCAGGCACAGGAGCCAGUGGUGGUGGCAGCGCUGGUGGCGGCAGCAGCAGUGGUGGCAGCAGUGGGGGCAGCAGUGGGGGCGGAAGCUUAUCCAUGGGCGGGGGGGAGGGCAUGCGCGCAUCAGCAGCAGCGCGCGCCCCAGCAACCGCCGCGGACCUGAGCCACGUCACGUCCGCGGUUCUGGGCGGCGUGGAGCGUCUGUUGCAGCGGUUCGCGGGCGGCGUGGGCGCGGCCGUGGGGGAGGUGGGGGCGCGCGUUGGCGCAGUGGAGAGCGCAGUGGGGGCGCUGCAGCGCGAGGGGGAGAGGGGGUGGCGGGAGAUGGGGGAGAGGCAGGCGGAGCUGGAGGGGCGGAUGCGAUCAAUGGAACAGCUGCUGCUGGAGGUACACAGGGGCAUUCAGGUGCUGCGGGACCGACACGAACUAGCCGACGCUCACGCACAGCUCUCUCGCCUGCACUCCCUCUCCCUCGCCUCCGCACCUCCCAGCACCGCUGCUGGUUCCAUCGGUACCGCUGCUAACUCCACUGAUACCGCCGGUGGUGGUGCUGCUGCUGCCAGCACCAUUCUCGCGCUGCCCGCUCCUCCUGCCUCUGCUGCUGCUAUCCAGCCCACCCAGCCGCGCCCUCCUCCCCCACACGCCUCUCCUGCUCCUCAUCCUCCCCUCGCUCCGUUGCCUCUCCCGCACUACCUUGCUUCCGCCCCAUCUCCGCCCUACUCUUCCCCCGCUUCCUCCCCUCCUCCUCCCUACCCUGAGCCUGCGUCUGCUCCUCCUGCCCCUGCUCUGCCUGCCACGGCCCCCCCACCUCGUGGCAUGUAUGCCCCCCCCGCUCCUCAUGCCAUGAUGUACUAUCCACAUGCGCCACCUCCCCCAUACGGCAUGCCUCCCCCUCCUCCGCCUCCCGCCGGGCAACCCAUGCCAAUGCCCAUGCACUCCAUAACUCAGCAGCACCAGCAGUUUCACCAGCAGCAGUACGAGCAGCAGCAGCAGCAGCAGCAGCAGCAGCAGCAGCAGCAGCAGUACCCGCCUCUGCCUCCUCAACCACCUUACCCCCAGUCCCUUUAUCCUUACCCACCCCCUCCUCCUCCCCCCGGCGGCCCCCCCGCUCCCCCAAUGCCUCCCCAGCCCUAUUUCACUCCCCCUCCCCCACCCCUGACUCCCAGCUACCCCUCUUCCCCUUCCCCUGGGGCCUUCCCCCCAUCCUCCCCUUCCCCAGGCGCCUCCCCCGCCCCACCUGCACCCCUUCCCCUUGCCCACCCUGUCGCAGCACCCAUGGGGAAUGGGCCCAGGGGGACGGGCGGGGGAGCGGGGGCAGCAGCAGCAAGGGGCGGAGUGAGGGGAGGGGGCGGAAGGAGAGUCACGUUUGCAGAACCUGUGAGUGAUUCAGGGAUGGCAGGAGCAGGGGCAGGAGGGAGGGCAGGAGGAGAAGGCUCCCGAGGGGUGGGAGGGUCUGGGUCUGGGUCUGGUGCUAAUGUGAGUACGAGGAGUGUGCCUAUAGAGAAGGUGGUGGAUGACGUGGCAAGCAUGGGGUUUGCGAGGGAGCGCGUGCGGGCGGCGGUGCAGCAGGUGAUGGACUCGGGGCGGGGCGUGGACCUGAAUGCCGUGAUUGAUCGGCUCAUGAAUGGAUGA